GGCGUGAGGAGGGCUGUGACAUAAAUAUUGAGGCAACAGAGCCACCGGCACCAGUCCAGAACCAGCUCCUCUCCCGUCCGUUCUCCUUACCUUAUCUAUAUACCUACCUACCUGCAGACAGGAUGCGUACUGCCGUGGUCUUUGCUGCUGUGGUAAUGGUGACCCUCGUCGCUUUCCUCACACAGGGGAUCACUGCUCAGGAGUUCAGUAUUCCCGACCGAGAGGCCGUGGCAACCCUGGCGGCACAUAUCUGGAAGGUGGCUCGUGCUUCGCAGGGGACCACCGUGGGUCUUCCUCACAAGCGCAACUCGGAGCUCAUUAACUCGCUGCUCGGGAUCAACAAGAUGAUGAAUGAGGCUGGCCGCCGGUGAUCCCCGACUAAUGCUGCUAGCCACACAAGAAAUGAUGUUCCUACUAAUGAAUCUGCAUGUUGAAGUGAUGUGUAUCACAUUUCUAAUGUAGCACCUCUCAUCGCACUCACUAGAUCACCAAUAAACAUUACACUACGUAC